AUGGGUAAUAAUAUUACUCUCUAUGUGCCCUCCCACGCAAACUUGUCGCAGAAAAUUCCGUGGAAGUGGCGCGGAGAUAAUAUGGAAAUAGACGGCCCCGAUCUGAACGGGACUCUGGUUUAUCGCGACAACAUCAUCAUGCACGAUGGUCCUGUAUCUGUUAACCAAGCCCUUGCGAUUGCCAAUCCAUCAAGGGAACUGGAAUUACCACAAGGUGCUCUGGCCUAUCAGUCGUGGGAUGGGCUGCUGUCCCUGACCCGGCAAAAUGCAAGCCUACUUUUCAUACAGGACGGGGAGACCACUCUCAUCUCACAUGCGUCAUGGUUUGACAAUAUCUUGCCCCAGCUUCGAGAUCCAGUUAUUGGAAUUGCAUUACGACAUCAAGAUGAGGGAUUUAUUGACCUUGGCUGGACGAAUAGCAAAAUGUAUUCAGAUAAGAUCCAGUGGGCAUACUCCAAUUCUCUUGCGACUGGGUAUUGGGCGUUUCAUGUAAAUUCGUGGAAGAUUGGCACUCAACCUGCUGUACCCUGCGACUUUGACAUGCAAAUUAACACAGGCACAAGGUAUACAACGCUAGAUCCCGGAAUUGUCAACAACUUUCGAGCACAAGUAGCGCUUCAAAUGGAUACUGAAACUCUCGGGGAAUCAAUGUACUAUAAAUGCAACAUUACCCUACCCAAUGUCACACUCACUGUUGAUCGUGCCGGUGGUGGGACAUUUGACUUGGAUAUUCCUGGAAAGGCUUUUAAAUUAGGUGAGAAUGACGACGGGACAUGUGAGUUUGGGCUAGUUUCUAUGGGAGGAUUUAAUCCAGAUGACUUCGGAGGAGAAUCAGCUUUGGGGAUUACCGCCCUGCGGACUUUAUACGUGGUUUUGAACGCAUCAGAAUCGAUAGGCUUUGCGCCUCAGGUUGACAUACCUAUUCAAUUUUGA